CGUUUUUCUUAUCUCGAUGGCAGUGCAUUCAAUUAGACGCAGGAAAGAAGAACACUGUAGCCUACAGAGAAAUAAUAGUAUCUUUAUUCGUUAUCAUCACGGCAUAAGUUCAUUGAUUUCCUAUUAUCUUUUCGAUCAGAUUUUAUCAGCCUAUCAUCGAAGGGACUUCUUCAACUUGAGCCGAGUGAAACAACAUUGCAGAGUACAGAUUAACAGUUCCCAGACAAACAACGCUAAUAAGACAAUGAAACUGCCUGUUCUUUUGACAUUCUUGUAUUGCUUUUGCAUCGACAUUAGCCACACCAGGGAAAUAACUCACGAAGAUAUUAAAGAUGCUAUGUUGAGCUUAGUACAUAUGAUGCGAGAAAAUACAGAGAAGCUGGAGAGGCACGAGGCGAGAGAACGGCAGCUGGGCGAACAACUGAAAAAGACAAUAAGCAUUCUGACAAAGCGUGUGUCCGUUCUAGAUGGUCUAAAGCUGCAGUUGACCAAGUUGGAGGAGAGGAUCUCAGGAAUAGAACAUCUGAUCGCGCAGAAGGACGAGAGAGAGCGUAUACAGAUGCAAAAGACCGUGGAUAGUUUGGAAGACUUGGAAAGUCGCUUGGAGGGCUGGCUCACAAAUAUCGAAAGCAAAGUAGUGGAGAUAAACAAUCGCGCGAAAGUUACAUCUACUCCGGACAAUCUUUCUGACAUUCUCAGCAAGCUAAGUGGCAUAGAGAGUAACUUGAUGGGAGAAGUUGCAAGAUUCAAAGACGGUCUGCAUAAUAAUGUAGCAAAGAUGAAUAAAGAAUCAGUUACGCUGCUGGAGAAGACACAUACGAUCUUCUCGGAGAUGCAGCAUGUAACCACCAAGAUCGGAGACCUCGAAAAAUCUUUAGAAGAGAUAAAACGGAUGACACAGAUUGUUCAAGAAAGGCCAUCAGAGCGACAAUUGGAUUUGUCUCCAGCUUUUGAUGAUCAUGUCAGGACAUUAGUGCAAGUGCAAGAGCUGUUAGAAGGUACUUCUGACAGAUUACGGGAAUUACCUAGGAUAAACGAAGUGCAAGCACUCCACAACGAGACGCAAGCUAUGUUGCAGGAAACUAAGCAUGCGUUGAAGGAUAUCGUUACACGGGGUAUUGAUAAUAUCGAGGAUAGGAUAACGGAGGGCAAAGAAGAAACGAAGGAUUCGGUGGCGACGUUACGGAUGGAUCUGGCUAACAAUGCAGAACGUGUGAAUCAGGAACUACAGAAUUUGGAAAAGGGUCAGUCCGUGAUGGUUUCUAUGGCCGAUCAUGUACUGGACACGAAGAAAAGAGUGGAGUACGGUGUACAUCAGAUCCUACUGGAAGUGGGCGAUUUGGUGAAAACCCAGGGAAUUAACAUUAACAGCACUCUUAGUCAAAGAUUCGACGGAAUCUCGAUUGAUAUCAUGGAUAACCAAAACGGCGCCUUGGCAAAUCUUACCAAUAAAAUGGAACAGGAGAUGAACAAAGUUUGGCGACAGAUCAAUGUAAUGUACCAACAGAUGACGGAAAGCGCUCGAGCUCUAGAUAAGUUACAUCAACAGAACGAAGCCUAUGUUAAUGGGACGACUUCUACUAUGGGUGGAAUGGAGAACAAGGUAGGCGAGAUAACAAAACGCAUGACGGAGGUGGAUGAAAACUUGAACUACUUGCUCGGCCGCCUAUCUUUGGUAACGCAAGAAUUCAAUCAGAUUAAGACAGGUUUGGGAAAUGCACUGGACAACAUCAAAGCUUCUUUCAAGAUAGUUCAGGAAAAAGCGUUGGAUCUGACUCAUCCGGGUCCCCAUCCACUUCCGGAAAACUAUAAGAAUCCGAAUGAAUCUGAGACCAGGAAGCCAGACGUUGUGUCCAUAAAGUAAGCCAUUUGACUCUCAGAUCAUCAGGCUGGCUUGGAUUAAAUCUCAGUCAGCGGAAGAUAGGCAUCUUCAUCCUUAGCGAAUUAACAUCCGGUACUGCAUCUCAUCAUCUCAUCAUCAUUUAAUUAUCAGAUUGUUAUACCCUUUGGUAAACUUUCGAAUAUACCUAUAUUCUUAAUCUUUUACCUACCUCGAAAAAAUAAUUCUAAAAAAGUCAGUAAAUAACACGAAACUAUAUAUAACAAAAUAAUAUUCAUUAUUCAUUAAAGUAUAAUGUUACAUAUGUAUAAGAAUGUAAUCAGCUUAUAAAUAAUCAGAUUGAAUGUAACGUAAAUUGCAGAUGUAAAUGUACAUCUGUAAAGAAGAUACAGAAGAUUCAUAUAGAUGCUUGUUUCGUCAUUUAAGAUGAUUUUAAAAUUAUAAAAUAUUAUAUGAUUUAUAUUAUUUGAUUAUAAAAUAUAAUUUCUAUAAAGAAUAGUUUAUAUAUAACAUCCGCGAUUUAAUUUUUAGUUUUAGAUGGACAAACGUAAUUUCUAAUAAUUUACUCAUUUAAUCUCUGCGCGACAAAGAAGGAAGGAUACUACUAAUAUAAUACCAUAGAUUUGAUUGGAAUGCUAUAUUUCUAUUGCCACUACUUAUAAAGAAUAAACAAAUCACUACAAAAUAAAAAAAUCCGAAAAAGAAA